AGGACAGUUGGCAGCGCUGAGAAACUUCUGGGGUUUUAAAUGUUUUGCGUCGGGACGGAUCAUGUUCCUUUCCGUGCGUAACGUUAUCCUGUAAACACGUGGUUACGGUCGUAAUUAUUAAAUUUGAGGCGAAAUACUCUGCGAAUCAUAAUGCCACUGGCCAGAGAUUUCCUUCAUCCGAGCCCUAUUGAGGAAAAGAGGAAACAUAAGCUGAAGAGGCUUGUACAGAAACCGAACAGUUACUUUAUGGAUGUCAAGUGUCCUGGGUGUUAUGCCAUCAAAACUAUUUUCUCACACGCCCAGAGGCCAGUUGAAUGCGAUGGAUGCCGCACGAUACUUUGCACACCGACAGGUGGCAAAGCACGAUUAACUGAAGGCUGUUCUUUUAGAAGAAAGGUCCAGUGUUAAUUUUAAGCAAUAUGUAUUUGAUGCUUACUCUUUAUAUUCGAUAAAUAAACACAAUCACAAUAUGUAA